AUGCGAGUCGCAACAUAUGUUAACCCAAUCCUCAGGAUGGGAUAUUCUAUCGCGACCUCCAUUGAAUGUCUAUUCAUCGUCACUACCUAUUUAAACCACUUACGGCCCGUCUACAAAAUCCCUCUCGUUGAAUACAUCCCGCUCCCAACGGGAAUAUCCCAAACCCCUGGCUACACCGCAACUCUCGGAUUGCUCAUCGGUAUCGUAGGGGGCCUUUUCCGGAUCUUAUGUUAUAACGCCCUAGGGAAAUCGUUCACCUUUAACACCACACUAAAAGGCCCGAAACUCGUAACUUCAGGCCCUUACUCCCUCGUCCGACAUCCUUCGUACCUUGCCGUGUGGCUCAUCUCGACCGGAUUGACAGUAUAUCACCUAUCCCCUGGAUCGUGGGUUCGAGAGAGUGAUAUUCUCAAACACGAUGCUUGGAAGUUGGUUGUGGGACUAUGGGCUUUCAUGGCGGUCUUCGUAACGAAUGUUUGCUUGACGAUGCGGACGGUGGAUGAAGACCAGUUGAUGAAGAGAACGUUCGGGGAGGAAUGGGAAACAUGGAGGAAGGUUGUGAGGUAUAGAGUGCUCCCAGGACUGUUUUGA